GCCAUGGCGUCAGCCGCCGCAACCCGGGGGAGGAGGUUCCCACUUUAAGAAGUGAAGUUUUCCUCCCCCUCCCCCUCCUACCCACCUCCUGCCGCCUCCCGCGCCCCACGGGGCCGCGGAUGGAGCUCCGCCGUGGCGGCGUGGGGAGCCAGGCUGCCGGCCGGAGGAUGGAUGGGGACUGCCGCGAUGGCGGCUGCGGCAGCAAGGACGCCGGGUCGGAGGACUAUGAGAACCUACCGACCAGUGCCUCGGUGUCCACCCACAUGACAGCGGGAGCGAUGGCCGGGAUUCUGGAGCACUCCAUCAUGUACCCGGUGGACUCCGUGAAGGUGUUUCAAGUCUCUCCUACUGAGGUGAUAAGCAAGACUCUCCAGAGGAAAAGACCAAGAAGGACACGGAUGCAGAGUUUGAACCCAGAUCCCAAAGCCCGGUAUACAAGCAUCUAUGGCGCCCUCAAGAGGAUCAUGCACACUGAAGGCUUCUGGAGGCCCCUGCGGGGCCUGAACGUGAUGAUGAUGGGUGCGGGGCCUGCGCACGCCAUGUAUUUUGCCUGCUAUGAAAACAUGAAAAGGACUUUAAAUGACGUUUUCAGCCACCAAGGAAACAGCCAUCUAGCUAAUGGGAUAGCUGGGAGUAUGGCCACCCUACUCCACGAUGCAGUAAUGAAUCCAGCAGAAGUGGUGAAACAGCGAUUGCAGAUGUACAACUCACAGCACCAGUCAGCCCUCAGUUGUAUCCGGACAGUGUGGAGGACCGAGGGGUUGGGGGCCUUCUACAGGAGUUACACCACACAGCUGACCAUGAACAUCCCCUUCCAAUCUAUCCACUUCAUCACCUAUGAGUUUCUGCAGGAGCAAGUCAACCCUCGCCGGGACUAUAACCCACAGUCUCACAUCAUCUCAGGAGGCCUGGCCGGUGCGCUGGCUGCAGCUGCCACCACCCCGCUGGAUGUCUGCAAGACCCUCCUCAACACGCAGGAGAACAUGGCACUCUCCCUAGCUAAUGUCAGUGGCCGGCUGUCAGGCAUGGCCAAUGCCUUCCGGACGGUGUACCAGCUCAACGGCCUUGCUGGGUACUUCAAAGGCAUUCAGGCUCGAGUCAUCUACCAGAUGCCUUCCACCGCCAUCUCCUGGUCUGUUUAUGAGUUCUUCAAGUAUUUCCUUACGAAGCGGCAGCUGGAGAAUCGAACUCUGUACUAAAGGAACAGGGCAGUGGGAAGUGGUUCCGGCAUCUUUUGUUCCAGCUCCAUGCUCCUGUCCUUGCACCCAGGUCUUGUCCUGAAGGGUGCUUGCGCCGGGUCCUUCGUUCCCUGGUGCCUUGGAAAGGGAGGACCAGCCUCCACUGACCAGCAUGCUGUCUGAGGGGACAUCCGAGGUGGUGGUAGGCAGGAGAAACUCAGGGAGAGGGAGAAGUUGCUUUUUCUCCUCCUUCCCCGAGAGGAAUGUAGCUUUUCUGCCUCACUGUGGCCUUCUCACUAGAUCUUUAGAUCGCACCGAAGAGGCAAACAGUGACACAGUAAAGAAAAAGUUUAUGUACAUAAAAGUACCAUUACCCAGUCUGAAAUAGGUGGAUAAUGUUUAUCCUUUAUUUUUCUACAUAGAGAUUUUUGAAAUUGUGUGUGCUUGUGUGUGUCCAUAAAUAGUAUUAGAGUUGGGAAUGAUGGGCCUGCUUUUUAAAAAAAGAAAAAAAUAAGAGAGUUGAAUUCUUCCUUCAUGAGAAGUAAAACAAACAACAACAACAAAACCCCCAAGGAAUAAAAGUAAUAAAUGGCUUUAUGUGGCCUGAAAUUGUGUGUAGUCCCCUCCUGUGGGAGUUUAACUUGAAUGUAAAAUAAUAAAUACAAAGUUUAUGUUUUGAAUUUCUCUUUUCAUGGGGAAAAAGGUACGUUGCAAACAAAUCAAAAUAGUCUUAUCACUUGGAGCUUUUUUUUUUCUUUUUAAGUAGUCACCCCGAGUGCCUUUCUGUCUUUUCUAAGACUUCCGGGACCAAAAAUGGGGUCCUAGAGCACCUUCCUCCCUCUGUGGACUCCCCCAUUCAGAUCUCAGCAGCCUGGUUGUCACAGUAGAAUAAGAAUGGCUGGCCUUAACCUUCCCUGUGAGUGACGUGAAUGAAUGCCUACCUGGCUAGCUCUUAGCACUAGAGAUGCCACCGUCUGCCUAGCGAGUCCAUGAGACAGUUCCUGCCUUUGUCUUAGGACUAAUUUCUGCAGCAACCUCCUUCCUGGGCACUUCUGCUAACCUGGCCUAUAAGUCUUUUUAUUAGCCCCCUCUUGACCCAUUUCCCCUGCAGUCUAGGGAUUUUGAGUAUCUCUGGCACUCAUCUGUCUCCUGCCCUGUUCCAGCUCUGUGACUUUAGCAUCAUAGCCUCUUACUGCACUGAGGCUAGCCCUCCAGCUCUGUGACUUUAGCAUCAUAGCCUCUUACUGCACUGAGGCUAGCCCUCCAGCUGAGACUGAAGCACGCUCUGACCCUCUGCCCCUCCAGAGCUGCUCAGCAGCCUUGUGUCUUCUACAUCCUCUCUGCUUUGUUUUCUGAAGUACAGUCAGAUCAUCUCUGAGAAAACACAAGCCUGUGUUGUCCAGUCUCCCAUCUUCACAGAGAUGAGAGGAUUGUCUCAGUUUCCCUCUUCUGACUGUCUAUUAGGAAGCAGGGCUUGCUUUUCCCUGGCCCUGUUUUCAUUUGGAAGCCAUGGUUAGCAUGCUUCCUCACUGGAAGCUUAGACCUUGAAUUCCCAUGGAACGUCAUACUGCCUGGGAAGAAAUUCAGCUUGUACUUGGAGAAUUUUCACCUUUGGGACCAUGUACCAUCCAGUGCCCAUGGAUGCGGGUUUUUGGUUUUGUUCAGGCUGUGAGAAGUUACACGCUGGUCAGCUGACUUUUCUUUUCUGAGAGAAUCACCUCUCAAAUGCUUUCCUGUGCUCCCUGAGGGCCUCCUGGCUGGUUGCAGGUUUCUGUUUUACUGGUGUUCUGGGCUGGCUGGUGUCCUGUUAUCACUUGAUAGAAAGAAUAGAAAAUGUUUCUACUCUUACCCUGCUAGCGUUGAGUAGUGUUAAAUCCUAUACAUGGAGAGGGGAAGUCAAAUUGUAGAGUCUAAAGUAAACUUUAAGUCAAACCCUAAACUGUCCCCACACCACCCUUUGAUACACGGGUGGCUAAUCCUGCUGCAAAAACAAGACUUCUCUUUGGAUUUUCUUUACAGCUAUCUAAUACUUGGCUAGUCUCUUUGCUUAGGGCCUUUUAAGGUAGGAUCAGGACUUCAGGACUCUGUGGGGUUGAAGUCCAGGGGUCCUGUUCUGGCUAUGCCCUCCCCAUGAUGAUUGGUGGGUCUGCAGGAGGACAGCUUUUUAACCUGUGCCUCCCGUCCAGUCACCCUAAGAUUGAGCAAGGGAUGUGUCUGUGGAAAAAGUUAAAAGUUGGGAAGCAAUCAACAAGAGUUCUGUGGUAGCCAGUACCCCCACUCCUUAGUUCCACAGUUGGAAUUCUCCUUGACCUCAUCACAUUUUAGCCUGUGUGUUGAUUGUAAUUUUUGACAUUGUAAAUUUCUAGAUAGGAAAAUGCUUCCCCUGCCCAGUGACCAGAUUAGGAGAGCCAUAACCUGGGUACAAUGAUAAUACUUUGACCUGUGUGUGUGUGUAUAUAUAUGGUGUGUAUGUGUGUAUAUGUGUGUUCAGGUUAUGUGGCAGCCAACCAUAUUAAAUGAGUGUUAAUUUAUUAUAGACAAAUAUUGAUCUUUUUAAAAUGGGAUGCUCUUAAUUCUUGAGUUUUUAAAGAAUUUGAUUAAAUAGAGCUACUUUUACAUGAGCUUGGUCCCCUCUGUCCCCUCUAUCUCAUGUCUUAGAACCAUCACCCUCCAAUGUCACCCCAGUGCUUUAUCUCCAACAUACUGCUAUGCCACUAAGGUUUUAUUUAACUUUAUUUAUGGAUAUGUGUCUGUGAACAACAACUGUGCCACUGCUGGGUUGCACAGUGUGUGGGCUAAGAGUGGCCCAAUGUUGCUUUUUGAAUGUCUUAAAAUGCGGCUUUUGGGUCUGGGGAGCAGUGGUGUGUUCACAUGUGUGGGUGUCUGGUGUGCUGCUACAGUUGUAACACUGGAGCUGGAGAAAAUAAAGAAUCGAUCCUGAAA